GUGGCCUCGGCGUCCCCGGCGGAUAAGAGGCGGCGCCGGCCGCCCCCGCAGUGAGCUGGGCUGGUUUGCGCGGCCGGGCGGAGGCGGGGCAGCCCGGCCUCUCCUCGCACCACCUGGGGAAGGCCCGGUCGGCAGCCCCUGCCGAGCAGCCUCGCUCCGCGUCCCAACAUGGCGGGCGGGCGCCGCGGCCCGCUGCUCACGCUGCUCCUGGUCGCCUGGGUCGCGGCGGCGGCGGCAGCGGCGGAGGCGGAGGCGGAGGCCGGCCCGGAGCAGGCCGCGCUGCCGCAGGAGCGGAGCCUGGUGCGGCCCAUGACCGCCUCCAACUGGACGCUGGUGUUGGAGGGCGAAUGGAUGCUGAAAUUUUAUGCCCCUUGGUGUCCAUCCUGUCAGCAGACUGAUUCAGAAUGGGAGACAUUUGCAAAGAAUGGUGAAAUACUUCAGAUCAGUGUCGGGAAGGUGGACGUCAUUCAAGAACCAGGUUUGAGUGGCCGCUUCUUUGUUACUACCCUCCCAGCAUUUUUUCAUGCAAAAGAUGGGAUAUUCCGCCGUUACCGUGGCCCAGGAAUCUACGAAGACCUGCAGAACUAUAUCUUAGAGAAGAAGUGGCAAUCAGUUGAGCCUCUGAGUGGCUGGAAGUCCCCGGCUUCUCUAACGAUGUCUGGAAUGGCUGGUCUUUUCAGCAUCUCUGGCAAGAUAUGGCAUCUUCACAACUAUUUCACAGUGACCCUUGGAGUUCCUGCUUGGUGUUCCUACGUCUUUUUCGUCAUAGCCACCUUGAUUUUUGGCCUUUUCAUGGGUCUGGUCUUGGUGUUAAUAUCAGAAUGUUUCUACCUGCCACUUCCAAGGCAUUCACCUGAACGUUCUGAGCAGAAUCUCAGGUCAGAGGAGACUCAUACAACUGAACAGUUGCAGGAUGUAGAGGAGGAAAAGGAUGAUUCAAACGAGGAAGAGAACAAGGACAGCCUUGUAGAUGAGGAGGAGGAGAAGGAAGACCUCGGCUAUGAGGAGGAGGCAGAAGAGGACGAGGAGGACAGCCCGGCUGCUGGCGUGGACGAGGAGAGGAGUGGGGCCCUGAGGGAGGCGCAGGAGGAUGAAGGACCUGGUGAGACUGAAGACGACGCCCCCGAGCAGCCCCAUCCAGCUGGCGCAGAGGCGGCAGAAGACGCGCUGAGGCAGCGCAGGAGUCAGCGUGCUGACGCCGGACCCUCGGCCUGAUGGCACUUCCCGAGAACACAGACCGAAAGAACACGUCCGCUCCGCUCGGGUCUGCAGUUUAAACCAAAUCCUUGUCUUUUUCUUGAAUGAGCAAGCUUCUCUUAAAAAAUGAUCUCUAGCCAUGUAGUCUCAUGGCAUUAAGCCUCAUGUAUGUUAAGGAGAACCUUUCAGGCAUGACAAUCAGGAUACAGAGAACAGACACGGUGUUAGGCUCUGCUUGGGACCUGGGAUGAGCUCCAGUCUCGACCAGAGGAAGCGCUCCCCGGCUGUCGUGGGCACGGUCAUAGGCAAUAGACCAGGCUGCAGGCCCCCUAAGGUGAAAGCAGGGCGAACUGAACAUCCACAGAGUACAGCAGACGUCUUGCUUCCUCUUCUUGUACUGAGUAUUUAUUUUUGUCAAACUGUAGGAAACAUCAGGCACCAUAGGACACAGGGGUACUUUUUAAAGACAGAAAUUGAGACGGCCUUGGAUAUUGUACAAAAGAGCUUGGAAAUCUUCCUAACUCUCUAAAUCUCCCUUCUUAUGUUUUAUUUCUUACCUUUAACACUUCCAGCUUUCCCACCACGGGCCUGCGGGCUCCCCACACUCUUCACAAUACUUCCUUAGUGAGAAGACUGAGGCAGCAGACGGCUUGACAUCAGCUGUGCUUAUUCUGCCUUAAGGGUUUAGAUAAUCAAGAAGCACAGCCUAUGAGCCAUGAGUGCCAAGGGUCUCAAAUGAAACGUUGUAACCUUUGGAGAUUCGAAAGGAAGUAGGGGUUUUACAAGAGAGACUUUUGUUGUUGUUUUUAGCCAAAAUGUAGUCCUUUUUUUUUUUUUUCCAAGAAGUUCCUUCAGCGAUAUUCUUUUUGAAGCCAGAAGUCUCCGGUCUUGCCAGUACAAGGUAGUCUUAUAAAGAAAACUUGAAUACUGUGUUGUUUUGUUUCCAUCUCCAGGGGUUCCCUGGCUUUUGAACCACUUUAAUAAUAACUGAAAAACCAUUUCUGAUUUUCCUUCAGUGACAUGCUUUUGGUGAAAGAAUUAAUGAAAGUGUAUAUCUGGAAAUGAAAGAUUUGGUUUCGUUUCCUUCUUCCUUAAUCUUGUAAAGAAUUUUAUCCCUGUAAAUCUCUCAAUACUCAAUCUGCUAAAAGUACCCCAGGGGCCCAGUGUUUUUAAAAAAUCCAUCCAUCUACCUGAUUUGUGUCUUAGAAUAAAUUCGUAAUAUUAGAUUCCAAGCUUAUGAAAGAUGUCUAAAGUUGAUCCUACACCCCUCGGGUCCAGACAGAAUAAUAAGUAGUACGGGUUUAUGAAACUCAAAAAGCUUCUGUCAUCUUUAAAAAGAAAUAUGCAGUAUACUCCUAUCUGGCUGUUUAGAUAACCCUUACCUUGUAUUAACUUUGAACAUGGGCUCACUGGAGGAGGGGGAGGCUCUGAAACUCUACCCUGGUGUGGCUGAAGGAGCCUGUUGCAAGCCUCACACAAAGGGAGUUUUUAUUCUGACAGCAUCCAGCUUUUUGAGUUGGUUAUUUUUCAUCUUUCCAACUCAGUGACCUGACAGUCUCAUCCCCCAGUGUGGUGGUGACGCUCAUUAAGAGUUGCCAAUAGUUUUUCUCAUCAGACAGCAACGCGACCUCAAGUUUGAGGCAUCACAGAACUGACAGACCGGGAAAACCUGGGCUUGUGUUCAUUUCUUGCCCCUCCCACCAUCCGGGGCUGUGACACCACCUCCGCCAAAGCGCCACGGUUCUGAGGCAGACACCUCUACCUCCCUGAUACCAGGAAGCCUUUCUGGAUCAGAGCUGAGCUGGACCUGCCCUCGUGUCACUGGAUUUUCUUUCCUUUCUAAUCAAGCUGAAACAGUUUUCAAAGAUCAUUGAGUUCAAGUUCAAGGGUAUGGACCAAGAAAGAUUUCAUAGUUUGGCUUUUCUGUAUAAUACCUCCCUCCAAUGCCCCCAUAUUGAAAUAAUUUUUUUUUUAAGUGCAGUAUUUCACUAAAGGGGAAGGAAUGAAGAAAUAAAAUCUACUUUGGCUUUUUAUAAAUGUAAGGCCAAUUUCCAGUUGGACUCCAAAUAGUAUCUAAUUAUAUAAUGAGAAAAAUGUAUUUUCGUUCUCAGCAAUACUUAAAAAAAUAGAAUUGGAGGAAGAGGAAAAAUCAGUUUGGAGAAGCAGAUCCAAACUGAUUAAAAGUUGAAGUAUCUGGCUCUGGGGACCAUGUUUCCUGUUUUGUUUCUGUUUUUGUUUUUUAAUAUUCUGGUGAAAGAUGUACACAUCUAAUUUAAUUUCUUUCCACUUGCAGCCUUUAGGUUCAUUUUCAUUACUUACUAAAUAUAAAAUUAAAGGAAAAAAGUCAACCCCAAAUAAUUUAGAAUUAGAUUAACAUUUCAAUAGAAUUUGAUAGAUUUUUCCUGUAGAUAAUAUAUUUAAUCCAGAAGUCAAGUGUAUGGAAACAUGAUUUUGAUUCAAAAAAUAAAAAAUAAUCAUGCCUCCCUA